UGGGAGGAGCAGUAGCAAGUGCUGCCAGUCGGGUAGUAUGGCUGGGGGCAUGUGGGGACUUGACUGGGGGCACCCCAUGGGGACCCUAACCCUGACAGCUCUAGCUGAAGGAAUACGGUCCGGCCAGAGGCAGCCUCUGGGACCCCCUUCCACAGGCCCUCAGCCUGAGUCCCAGGAGCUUGGAUCUCAGGCUGAGCUGCAGGACCAGGUACCCACUGACUCUGAAGCUGAGCCUGGAAGUGGGACCACUGACCCCAGAGCUGGCCGUGAGCCCUGCUCCCCACACAGUGCCCAGGAGCCAGCCCCAGAGGGGCCCCAGCAGGCCUUCCAGAGUUCCUGGGAGGAGGGUGCUCUCUCUGACCUUGCGCUCUACACGGCUGCCUGCUUGGAAGAGGCUGGCUUUGCAGGGACCCAGGCCACAGCACUCACCCUGUCCUCAGCCUUGGAGGCCCAUGGGGCACAACUGGGAGAGCAGGUGCAUGCCCUGGUGCGUGGGCUGCUGGCACAAGUGCCCAGCUUGGCCGAGGGGAGGCCGCGCCGGGCGGCCCUGAGGGUACUGAGCGCACUGGCCCUGGAGCAUGCGCAGGAUGUGGUGUGGGCGCUGCUGCCACGGUCGCUGCCUCCAGAUCGGGCAGCUGCAGAACUGUGGCGCAGCCUCAGCCGGAACCAGCGCGUGAACGGACAGGUGCUGGUGCAACUGCUGUGGGCGCUGAAGGGAGCAGCAGGGCCCGAGCCCGAGGCGCUGGCGGCCACGCGGGCUCUUGGGGAGAUGUUGGCAGUGUCCGGCUGUGUGGGAGCCACGCGAGGAUUUUACCCACACCUGCUGCUUGCGCUGGUCACACAGCUACAUGAACUGGCUCACGGGGCACGCUCUCCUGACAGCCCUAAGGUUUGGGCCCCGUCCCACCGAGGGCCUCCACACAGCCAUGCCAGCUGUGCGGUGGAGGCCUUGAAGGCCCUGCUCACCGGGGAUGGUGGUCGCAUGGUGGUCACCUGCAUGGAGCAAGCGGGAGGCUGGAGGAGACUGGUGGGAGCCCACACACACCUAGAGGGUGUCCUGCUGUUGGCCAGUGCCAUGGUGGCACACGCCGACCACCACCUUCGAGGCCUCUUCGCAGAUUUGCUUCCCCGGCUACGCAGUGCCAACGACCCGCAGCGCCUCACCGCUAUGGCCUUUUUCACAGGGCUGUUGCAAAGCCGGCCCACCGCACGGCUACUGCGGGAGGACGUCGUCUUAGAGCGGCUUCGAACCUGGCGGGGCGACUCUGAGCCCACAGUGCGUUGGCUGGGCCUGCUAGGCCUCGGCCACCUUGCCCUGAAUCAAGGGAAGGUGCGGCAUGUGGGCACGCUGCUGCCGGCACUCUUGGGCGCACUGGGCGAGGGCGACGCGCGGCUCGUGGGUGCAGCGCUGGGUGCACUGCGGAGGCUACUGAUGCAAAGGCGAGCUCCGGUGCGGCUGCUGAGCCGGGAGCUCGGGCUACGCCUCCCGCCGCUGCUGGACGACGCCCGGGACUCAGUCCGCGCCUCGGCUGUCGGGCUCCUGGGGACGUUGGUGCGACAGGGCCAGAGUGGGCUCCGUGUGGGGCUCCGCGGUCCCCUGCGGAAGCUCAUACUACAGAGUCUCGUGCCGCUGCUGUUGCGCCUUCACGACCCCAGUCGGGACGCUGCUGAGAGCUCGGAGUGGACGCUGGCCCGCUGUGACCAGGCUCUUCGCUGGGGCCUGCUGGAGGAGAUGGUCACUGUGGCCCACUAUGACAGUCCUGAGGCUCUAAGCCGUGUCUGCCGGCGCCUGGUUCAGCUAUACCCCAACCACCUGCCCAGCUUCCUGAGCCAGACCCAGGGCUAUCUGCGGAGUCCUCAGGACCCACUGCGGCACGCUGCCACUGUGCUUGUAGGCUUCCUGAUUUAUCACGCAAGUCCCAGAGGAGUCAGCCAGGAGCUGUUCCAGGACCUAGGGCAGCUGCGGAGCGACCCCGAGCCGGCGGUGGCCGCGGCGGCGCUCGUGUCUGCCCAGCAGGUGGCGCUGCUGACCCGUUCGCAGGACCGACGACGCGGUCCUCGCUUCCUGCGCCUCCCUUGGCGUCGCGCCCGCUCGGUUCAGCCCGCGCCUCUCUACGACGACAGCCCGUUCCAGCGCAGGAGCCUCGCAGGCCGCUGGGGCAGCUCGGGAACCCACUGAGCUCAAGCUAGGGCCCUCGGACCAGCGUCUGACGGGGGCACUGACCCACACCAUCCUCAGUCCCCACGAUGGCAGAUCUGCAAAGGGUACCCUGGGCCUGGAGCUGGACGCCAUCCCCUUGCUCUGGGACUCUUCUCCAGAGAUCACCACGUGACAGAGAGGGACAGCUGGUACCAUUUCACCCUGAGCUCCUCCCUCUCGAAUCCCUGGGUGCAUCUGUCCCCUGCCAGGCCUAUUUUCCUAGUCCCCUGGAGUGUGCCCUGUCCAAACUUUGGCUUGGCAUCUGGCCUGGAGGGGCUCUUAAAUGGGGGUCUGUAGGGACACUAUGGAGCCACACACCACAGGCUGUCCUGCCCCUUCCUGGACUCUGCCUUCCUCCCGCCACAGCCGACCAGCCCUGCCAGCAGCCAUCACCCCCUCCUUACCCUGUCCCUAUUCCUGAUUGCUGUCCUGGUUUAUGUCCUCUCUGCCCUCCUGCCCACACCUGCUGUCCACCUCCAGGGGCCACCCACCCCUACCCCACCUGACAGUGGGCUUCUCUGGAACGCUCCCCUGAUGACCCGUCCUGAGGACAGCACAGGGGGAUUACCCUUAUGGGCUGAGGGAACCUUCUUCCUCAGCGAGGCUCACACACGCAGGUGUCUUUCCCUCAGGGACAGGGAUGGGGUCCUGCCCUCUCCCCAGCUCCCUGGCUCCACUCCACCCAUAGGACAAUAAACACGCGGCUCACAGGGGUGGGUCUGACUGAGAGUGCCAGCAGGAGAGCUAAGGAGCAGGCAGAGCCACUGGCCCCGCCCAGGGAAGCCCUGGGGCCAGCGCUCUUGGGACUGGCCUCAGGGUCUCUGUAGAUGAAUCUCGCAGGCUGCGUUGUAGGGUCAGGCCAAUGUGUGAGUGAGUCUUUGUAGACCCAGGGGCGAGGGUCACUGAAUCAAUUUGGAUCCUCCAGAGCAGAUGCUGAAAGGGAUCACAUGCAAGAGAUGUGUCAAAGGAAAGGCCGGAGAGCCUGGGAGGCGCCAGAUCUGGUGACUGAGAGGGAGGGAAGGAAAAGCGUCUGUGUGGGAGCUGUGGACAUCCAUGCUGGCCUCCAGGAGCUUUCAAGCUGGUCAGCCAUGUACAGGGUGAGUGUCAGAACAAAAGCCAAAUGGAUCCCCUCAGGAACAGUGCCCCCCAAAGCAAGCCUGGCCUCCGCACCUUCCUUGCAACCCAGGAACAGACCCCAGGAGGGGCAUGUGACACUCUCCCUCCAAGCACAGGCUCAUCUGCACCCCAGAGCACAGCGUGUCCAUGGGCAAGCCCUACGGUGCUGCACAGCCCACCCUCAGGUCGGGGCUCCGACGGGGAAGCAGCCGUGGUGAGAAGACAGCACCCACCCCCCUACCUGUGGUACUUGGACAGCCCACACCCCUUUGCAAGCUGCUCGGAGCCCGGCUGUCUUGCCCAAGCGUCCACCUGUCUGCCAUGGCCCUGGCCCAGGAGCUGGCAGUCAUGCGUACUCCCUGGUGUGGUGUGAGGUUCAGGUGAAGUACCCAGAGCCUCUGGAAGUGUGACUCGCCCUGGGACUUUGUUACAAUUCCAGGGAAGCUGCAGGUGGCCAGGUGGCUUGGGCCCUCUGUGAGGACGCCUCAGCUCCAGCCCUCCAGGGGACCCAUCCCCUGCACCCACAGAAAAGUCCACUCGUGGUUAAUCUUCCACCUGGGGGUUGGGCUUAGAGGGCCAGGGGACAGCUGCACCCUGACACAUGUACACCCUCUCCCCUUUUCACAUAAGGCCCUGCCAGAGGCUAGCCAGGCUGUAUUUAUUUAUUUGUUUUUGGUACUGGGGGUUGAACUCAGGGGUGCUUCACCACUGAACCACACCCCCAGCUACUUAAGUUGCUGAGGCUGGCUUGGAACUUGUGAUCCCCCUGCCUCAGCCUCCAAGUUGCUGGAAUCACAGGCCUGUGCCACCGUGCCCGGCUAGCCAGCCUUACUCUGGUGUUAAAAUGCUCUUACACGGGUCUUGUUGCUAUGUACCUCAUUAAUGGUCCCAUAUCCAAGAGCCAACUGUUGGACCCUCCAAAUGGGGCUUCGGUAGGCUGGCAGGACCACCUGUCACCUGGUCUUGGGGGUCUUUGGGCCUCAGGAGCAGUGCUGCAAGGCCUGCUUAUUCAGUGCUUUCCAAGGCCUGGGCCGUUCCCAUCCCGUUCACCCAGGUUUUGCUUUCAAGUUCCAGAACAGGGUUUCCACAGGGGGACCAUGGGCCCAAGAGUCCUGGAGCUGCUCUGCUGUGUGGAGGCUGAGUUUUAGGUUUCUAUAACCUGGAUAGGAGAUGUUUGAGGUGCACUGAUUGGGUUUUCUUGGGGGUCCAAUGUCCCAGCAUGGCAGAACCUGCUGGGAGCCAUUAGCCAAGUAGGCAUGACAAUUUCCUUGCCAGCGUACCCCAUGUUGCAGUGACAUUGAAUGUAGGUGACCUUGUUCAAGGACCAAGGCGGAUUAGGGCGUUCCCGGUUUAGGUUCCAGGUUUAAGGUUUAAGAUUAUUCCUGCUGGGAAUAGGGCGUAUCCUGCUGCCUGAGUUCCCCUUGAGUUCUCACGGGAUUCAGACAGUAUUUUUUGGAGAUAGAAGCCCAGUGGAGGGGGAUUUGGGCAGAGAACGUGGAUUUCCCCAGAACGUGAUUGUAGACGGCUGGUGUGAGUUCGGGAAUAAAGAGUUGCUGUUUGAAUCUACAAGCUGUGUGGUGGCUCG